UAGCUGAGGUGUGAAUGUGAGAAUUUGAGAAAGUAUGGGAGAAAAGAAGAGAUCACAGUCUGCAGCUGUCCUACUGUCCUCUGGAGGAGGCCCACUCUCUCUCAUGUCUUGUCCAGCGACACGCAGUACAGUAUUGCAACAAUGGCUGACAUCAAUGAGAGAUCGCGGAGUUAUUGUUAGUGACGCACAAUUAAGGUUCAAUAGAUGGCUGGCACUCUCAGAAUCAAGUCGUCCUAUAUCUCCAACAAUACCAAACAAGAAGCAUCCACAUGCAAUUGAAGUAUCAUCACGACCAGUUACUGCUCCAGCAAGCAUUGAUGGCACUUUUGUUGUAGAGCACACACGUACAAGUCGAAUGCGUCUAGAGAGACUGAAGGCAAAAAAGCCAGAGGCAGAUUAUAACAAAAUAGCUCGAACCAGAAAAGUUUUCGGUCAGCAUUGCAAUCAUAUCCUAGCAACUCCAGUAAUGGCAGAGAAUUGUUCUGAUCAUGAGUCAUCAGUGCAUGAAUUUUUAGUUGGAUCAAGAUACAAUUGUACUCAUCACAUUGACUCAAGAUCUCUGUACCGUCUUGGAGUAUAUGUACCAAGGGAUAACGUUGGAUCGGCAUUCAUUAAUCCUGGAGGAAUCUUACCACCAAACUAUCACAGAAUAAGAAACAGAUCUAGGAAGUCUUCACAUUCAAAAGAAGCAAUGCCCCCUGGGGGAUUUUUCACAAAUUUCAAAAUCCGGCGAGGGGAUAGCUCUAUGUCUAUUAACAGCAGUCUAAACAGCACUACUCUAUUUAGUAACGAGACUGAGGAGAAGGAGCAUUUGCCCCCUCCCUUACCUCCUUCACCACCUCUUCCUCCAUACAGGCACUUACCAUCCAUCACAUCAAAAAGCGAAGGCAACAUUGAAGGAAACAAUAAGGAGACAAUAAGACCAAAGACCCUGUCUUGCAUAGAGUUACAUGUACCUAAGAACACUCCAACGCACUCAACGCUAUCAAGCACCCAUGUUGACCCCAAUAGUAUCCACAAAAUACCUGCACCUCAAUCAGAGAUGAACAAUGACGAAGAUGAAGGUUUGACCAUUUCAGUAGAUGCUCAAGAAUAUAUAUCAGGACAUAGCACGCCUGAAAAUCCUCCAAUGGAUGAUGAUGACGAAUGCUUGAAGGAAACAAAUGAUGAAAAUCUCGAGUCAGUCCCGCUGGAAGAGAAAGAAAUAAAGGAAGAGGAAAAUGAGGAAGAGGUUCAUGAAACUAUUCCUAAUGAACCCAGUCAACCCACUUCUUCAAAAGUGAAAAGUGAAUCAAAUAUGCAGACAACAAGCAGUACUGUAUUUGUUGACAUGACAAAACUUGAAGAGGGAGAACAGAAAGUACCACAAGAAGAAGACAAAUAAACAGAUUCUUGAUACUGAAGACUAUAUUAAAUGAUACAUUACUAUUCGUUGCAUGCAUAAAAAAGGUUUGGCAAUGACAUUAAAUUUUCAAAAAAUAUUUAAAAAGAAAUAAUUGUUAUUAUGAGGAGAUAAAAUGUCACAUGAUAGCAGAACGAUACACAAAUAAA